CAAAAAUCCAAUUCAAUCUUUCAUUUCAACGCACGGUUACUCUUCGAUAUGUAUUUUGUCAUGGCCCUUUUUACCACUUUUGUAAAUUCAACAUUUUUAUGAUAUUUAUAUUCUUCGUAAGCUUGGUAGUGUAAUUUAACUUUAAUCUAUCUUUUUGUUUUUUUUUAAAAAUGGCAAAUCAAUCUCAAAAAACUGUUUAUAAAAUUGUUCUUACGGGAGGUCCCUGUGGUGGCAAAACAACUGGACAGUCUCGUCUUAGCACAUUCUUUGAGAAUUUGGGAUGGAAGGUGUUCCGGGUGCCGGAAACGGCUACCGUGCUCCUAAGUGGUGGUGUGAAGUUUGCAGAUCUCAGCCCAGAUGAAGCUAUUAAAUUUCAAGAGAACCUCUUGAAGACUAUGAUACAGAUUGAGAACACAUUCUUCGAACUGGGUAGGACUUGUCAAAGGAACUGUCUCAUAAUAUGUGACCGUGGAGCGAUGGACGCCAGUGCAUUUAUAUCAAAGGAGAAGUGGGAAACAAUGAUGGCGGCAAACAAUUGGAACAGCGUGGAACUUCGUGACAACAGAUAUAACCAUAUUGUUCAUAUGGUGUCAGCAGCCAACGGCGCUGAAGACUUCUAUUCCACUGAAGAUCACGCAUGCCGUUCAGAAGGUGUUGAAUUAGCCCGGGAGUUAGACUACAACGCGGCCGCGGCAUGGAUCGGCCACCCCUACUUCGACGUAAUCGAUAACUCCACAGAUUUUGAUAAGAAAAUGAACCGACUCAUUGCCUGCGUUUGCCAGAAAAUCGGUAUUGACACCGGUGACAGGCUCAACGUGAACUCGAAGAAACGCAAGUUCCUUGUCAAAUCGCCCAUCCCUGUUGACACGGAGUUCCCGCCAUUUCAAGACUUCGACGUCGUACACAAUUACUUGCAGAGCGAUUUGCGUAAAGCCCAAGUCAGGCUCCGCAAACGCGGGCAGAAAGGCCACUGGUCAUACAUUCAUACUUUAAGAAAAUUCCAUCCCACGAACGGCCAGUCAGUCGAAGUAAGAACACAAUUGACACAUCGAGAUUAUCUCAAUAUGCUGCCGCAGCGUGACGACGCACACUUCACAAUAUUCAAGAAGCGGCGUUGUUUUAUCUACAACAACCAGUACUACCAGUUGGAUAUAUAUAGGCAACCCACACAUCCUAGGUGCCGAGGUCUGGUAUUGCUGGAAACGUACAGCGCCACGUACGAUCAGGAUACCCUGAUUCAGUCUUUGCCAAAAUUCCUGACGAUUGAGAAAGAAGUCACAGGUGAUCCAGCCUAUUCUAUGUACAACUUGUCCUUGAAAGAAGAUUGGAAGACGUCAAAAAAGUAUUAUGCCGGCACCGACAGUAACGGGCGUUCUAAGUGGUCGAUGAAUGGGCAUAGUGAUAGUAAACCUGAUCACCGCUGUAAGGUGAAUGGCGUCUCGGGCGAGAAAGUGAACGGACAUUCGGAAAAAGUCAACGGAUACGGGUCAAGAAAAACCGGGGGUUAUCCUAAUGUCAACGGACACCGCGACACGAACGGCCACGGGCACGUUAACGGUGCUAACAUCACCAAUGGCAAGCCACAUGGGGUGGAGCUACAAAACUUCCAAAGUAACCACAGAAUAGAAGAUCUCGGAACACCAAAGAUAGCCAAGGUUGCUGUUAAGACAUAAAAAACAACUGAUUGGUACUAUUUAGAUAUAAAUAUUCCACUUGUAAUAUCAAUAAUGUUCACAUUUCUAUGCUCAUAUUAAUAUUAAAAAUUAAAAUGAAUAAACAGACUAUGUCAUAGGAUUGUGCUUCGUAACACUCGAUCUCUGCCUGUCCAGAUGAAUUAUACAAUAUAUUGUAUUUAUUAUAUUCACAUCAUUGUAAAAUUGCAAAUGAUAUAUAUUUUUAUAGCAAUUGUGACAUAAUAAUAUAUAGAACAUAUUAAUGGACUAAUUUAUUAUGACUUACAUUAAUAUUUAUUGGACUAACAAAAUAUUACAAAAAUGUAUAAAAUAGUUAAAUAUUGUUUGUGCCUUCACACAGUAAUGUAUGUUUGAAAACUGAAUUAUUAUAUAUUCAGUACAUGUAACACUUUACACCAAGGGUUAGUACUUAAUAAAAUUGGAAUACUUAAUGGAAUUUACAUUUACAGUAUGUUCUGUAUAAACAUAAUUUUAUCAUAUAAUAAUGAGGAUGCACUUUCAAGAUUUAUUAAACACAAAUGAAUUGGAUAUUUAUACAUUAAAUUAUUUGAUGUUAUUUUUAUAUAAACUGCAUUGUUUGUGACGUUCAACUUCAAAGUUAUCAUUUAGAUAACGACAUAUUUUAACCGUGACUAUAUUGUUUUCACUAACAAAACCGUAAUUUACCUGUAAGAUAGGAAAAUACACCACUAUAAAUUCUUUAAAAAAGUAGUGGAGUGGUGGUUUUAAAAUAAAAUGUUCUUGAUGUCGUGUCACGUGUCGCCGUAGAAUUUAAUUAAUUUUAGGGUCCUAUUGUAAACAAGUCUUGUAAGCUUGAGCAAUGGUUGCCCUAUUUAUUUACAGUACAUUUUAGUGGCCUUUUAGUGUCGAAUUUUGUGUGCUAAGAAAUAUAUUUUUGAUUAAAAAUAUAGAAUUUAAUGUGCACAUUGAUGUUGUUGCAAUAUUCAUAAUUUGUUGUGUUAAAAGUAAAUUUUAUUGUACUUAUGUGAAUUACAUAUGUUUAUGUAAAAAUGUACUUUGCAAAGUAUUCAAACAUUGCUAGCUAAUGACACUUAACGGAAGCUAAUUCUGUACAUAUUAUUUGCUUUUGGCAAAAGUCCACGGUAACAUUAUUUAUGGCUGUGUACUAUUAACUGAGCUAUUAAGAACUAUUUAUCUAUCACCUAAGCAUAUUGUAACACUGAAAAUGCCAAAUUACUAUUUUUAAGGCUAAUUGCACCGAAAAGACAAGAGAUAUUUUUUUAAAUAAGUAAUAUCGUUUUAUUUUUCAUCAGGCAUCAAAUAACAGAUGCUCUAAUUGUAAACCACGUGAUAUUUAUUUUUUUCUGGUAACUUGUGAAAUAUUUAAACUUCUAAGUACCUAAUAUGUAGGCGCUUAUUGGAAAUGUAUGUAAAAAUUUGGAAGUACCUAAGUGUCUCUCGGCAUUCUUUCUAAUAAAGAAAAAUGCAUCAACAGAA